AUGAGUCCCAUGCAGACUGUCCCGAAGAUGUCCCUGUGGGGCACUCGCAGGUUCGCUGAAGAAGGGGACACCGAAACUAGCUCCAAGGACGAGGCCCUGGUCCAAGGAGCGGCAGCAGCCAGAGAGGCAGAAGAGUCAGAGCAGUCACGCUCCGGGUCCGAGUCCGAGUCCGAGUCCGAGUCCGAGUCCGAGUCCGAGUCCGAGUCCACCUCCAAGUGCAACUCCAAUUCGCAGUCCGAGUCCGAGUCCGAGUCCGAGUCCGAGUCCGAGUCCACCUCCAAGUGCAACUCCAAUUCGCAGUCCGGGUCCGGGUCCGGGUCCGGGUCCGGGUCCGGGUCCGGGUCCGGGUCCGGGUCCGGGUCCGGGUCCGAGUCCGAGUCCGAGUCCGAGUCCGAGUCCGAGUCCGAGUCCGAGUCCGAGUCCACCUCCAAGUGCAACUCCAAUUCGCAGUCCGGGACCAAGUCCGGGUCCGGGUCCGGGUCCGGGUCCGAGGAGUCGGGGUCUCAUUCGGAGUCAGAAUCAGAUGAAGAGGUGUCUGAGGAAGUCGGGGAGGAAGUGGAGAAGGAAAAGGAAGAGGAGGAGGAGGAGGAGGAGGACGACAACGACGACAACGACGACGACGACGACGACGACGAAGAGGAGGAGGAGGAGGGUCCAAGAAAGAAGGCCAGAUGCCAGGGUUUCAUCUUAGAGGAAGCUGAGGAGGAUGCUGACUAUGAAGAGGAAGAAGAAUGGGAGGAGGGAGCGGAGGACUUUCUGGAGAAAGAAGGGCUGGGCGGCCGCAGCGCCCUCCAUGCCACCACCACUGCGGAAGACCUCUCCCAGGCCCGGCGCCUCCAGAAUGCCUGGAGGGAUCAGGGAGAGGAGGAGCUGGCCCACUAUUACAUGCAGAAGUACGCCAGUGUGCCUUUCCGGGAAGCCCAACGCAGAGCCCCUGAGCAGCCCUCCGAGGACAUCAGCCAGCAGAGGCUGCUCCCUGGCAUCCGGGAUCCCAGACUGUGGAUGGUGAAGUGCAAGUUCGGGGAGGAAAAAGCCACCGCCUUGACCCUCAUGCGGAAGUUCAUAGCCUCCCAGUUCACUGACAGCCCGCUGCAGAUCAAGUCCGUGGUGGCUCCGGAAUACCUCAAGGGCUACAUCUACGUGGAGGCCUACAAGCCCAGACACGUGGUGGAAGCCAUCGAAGGCGUGGCCAGCCUGCGCCAGGGCUGCCAGAGCCAGCGCAUGGUGCCCAUCGAGGAGAUGACGGACGUGCUCAGGGUGCAGGUCAAGGAGGCCCGCAGCCUGCAGCCCAAGAGCUGGGUGCGAGUCAGGGCGGGCCUCUACAAGGAUGACAUCGCGCAGGUGGUUUUCGCCGAGCCGGGCCAAGCAACUGUCUCCGUCAAGAUGAUUCCUCGCAUCGACUACGGCCUCAUCACAGCCCCCAGCAACCAGGAAGCCAACUUCGCCAAGAGGAAGAGGUUCAACCGGCCCCCACAGAAGCUCUUUGAUGCUCAGAAGAUUCGGUCGCUCGGAGGAAAGCUGGCUGCAGAUGGAGACUUUCUCAUCUUCAGGGGGAACCGCUACAGCCACCAAGGCUUCCUCUUCAAGACCUUCGCCCUCUCGGCCCUGGUCAGAGACGGUGUGAAGCCCACGCUCUCGGAGCUGCAGACGUUUGAGGAGCGGCCCGACGCCCUGCAAGACGUCCAGGUGCUCGUGGAGGACAGCGCAGACGCCGAGCACAGCUUCAAGCCGGGAGACAACGUGCAAGUGAGCAGCGGGGAGCUCCUCAAUCUGCGGGGCCGGGUGGUCAGCGUGCACGGGCCCCGGGUCAUCAUGCUGCCCAAGCACGAGCAGCUCACCGACCUGAUGGAGCUGUUCGCCUGGGAGCUGCAGAAGGUCUUUGAGACAGGAGACCACGUGCAAGUGAUCGCGGGCCGCUUCCGCGGCACCACGGGCUUCGUCCUGAGCACCCAGGACAACUUUGUGCUGAUCUUCUCCGACCACACCAGGGAAGAGAUCAAGCUACUUCCCAGACACUUGCAGCUCUGCCGGGACACGUCAGCCACGCUGGACGUUGGGGGCGAGCACCGCUGGGGCCAGCUGGUGCAGCUGCACCGGGACACUGUGGGCAUCAUCGUCGGGCUGGACGCAGACGCUUUCCAGAUCCUGAACAUGCACGACAAGCUGGUCACGGUGCGCCGCCAAGCAGUCACCCCCAGGAAGGAAAACCACUUGGUCGUGGCUCUGGACGGCCAGCAGAACAGCAUUCGCGUCAAGGACACGGUCAGGGUCGUUGAGGGCCCACACUCUGGACUCGAGGCCAAGAUCCUCCACCUCUUCAGAGGGACUGCCUUCCUCCACUCCAAGAGGCUCACGGACAAUGGGGGCCUCUUCGUCUGCAAGUCCCGCCACCUUCUGCUCACCGGGGCAUCACAGUCUAGCUGCGGCCAGAGCCUCUUGGUAGGGGGCCCGGCUCCAGGCCCGAAGCCUGACCUCGCCAGUCCCAGGCCCCGUAGCCCCGAGGGUCCCAGGAGUGGCCGGGACCGGGGCGGGGACCGGGACUCCCACUGGGGCCGCGGCCACGGCGGCCAUCGCGGCAAGGACAGUCUCAUCGGACAGUCGGUGCGCAUCCGUCAGGGGCCCUACAAGGGCUACAUCGGGUUCGUGAAGGUCGUGAUGGAAUGCAUUGCCCGCGUGGAGCUCCACUCAACCUGCCAGACCAUUUCCGUGCAUCGUGAGAGACUCAUCCCCCUUGGCACCACCAGCCCUGGACGCCUGACUUCCACCUCGGCCAAAACCCCCAGCUACGGCUCAGGCUCCUUCACCCCCCUCUACGGCUCCCAGACCCCCGUUUACCAGGGCAGCUCUACUCCGUCCCACACUGGUGCCUGGGACCCCAGCAACCGCAACACACCCUCCAGGCCAUGGACGACAGAUUAGGAAGAUGCCUGGCACCACAAGCCCACCCCGGCUCCGCAGUCCUAG